UGAAACGCAUCGAUUUCCAGACCGACACACGACGGAAAACACGGAACUGGUUCUCCGAAGGGUAGGCUAGGCUAGAAGCCAAAAUGACGGCGAGUCUGCAGACUUGUUUAAGGGCAUCGUGAAUUUUACAGUGACAACAUUGUUCCAGGAAGAUUCUUUAACAGGCGCGAACAGCCUGUGUUGUGCACCCAACUUCUCAACAUCUUGAGAAGAAGCUGAGCAUGGCUUCGGCAAUACUGCAGAAAGCUAUAGAUCUGGUGACAAAAGCUACAGAGGAAGAUCGUAAUAAGAAUUAUGAGGAAGCUCUCAGGUUGUACGAGCAUGGAGUCGAAUACUUUUUACAUGCAAUUAAAUAUGAAACACAAGGAGACAAGGUGAAGGAAAGCAUAAGAGCAAAAUGUAUGCAGUAUUUAGAGAGAGCAGAAAAAUUAAAAGAGUAUUUGAAGAAGAAUAAGAAAAAGCCAGUUAAGGCUGGAGCAGAAAACUCCAAGAGCGAGGAUAAGAAGAGCGACAGUGGUGACAGUGAUACCGAUAGUGACCCCGAAAAGAAGAAAUUACAGAGCAAAUUGGAAGGCGUUAUAAUGAACGAAAACACAAAUGUUAAAUGGAGUGAUGUGAUUGGCCUCGAUGGAGCCAUAGAAGCUUUGAAAGAAGCUGUUAUUUUACCUAUGCACUUCCCACAUCUCUUUACUGGAAGACGCGUACCUUGGAAAGGUAUUCUGUUAUUCGGACCACCAGGGACUGGUAAAUCAUAUUUGGCAAAGGCAGUGGCGACGGAAGCAAAUCAAGCUACUUUCUUCUCUGCGUCAUCAUCAGAUUUAGUAAGUAAGUGGUUGGGAGAGUCAGAGAAGCUUGUAAAAAAUCUGUUUGAAUUAGCGCGGCAAAAGGAACGUAGCAUUAUAUUUAUCGAUGAAAUAGAUUCACUUUGUUCGUCACGUUCUGACAAUGAAUCAGAAUCCGCCAGGAGGAUAAAAACGGAAUUUCUAGUUCAAAUGCAAGGUGUAGGGAACCAUAAUGAGAAUAUACUUGUGCUGGGAGCGACCAACAUACCUUGGGUCUUGGAUUCUGCAAUUAGACGAAGAUUCGAAAAGAGAAUUUACAUUCCGUUGCCCGAAAAACAAGCACGCGCUGCUAUGUUCAAGCUCCACUUGGGUAAUACAUCACAUACUUUGACGGAGGAUGAUUUUAAGAAAUUGGCGGCCUCUACUGACGGUUACUCGGGAGCCGAUAUAAGUAUCAUUGUACGAGACGCCCUAAUGCAACCUAUUCGGCAAGUACAAACGGCUACACACUUCAAGCGUGUUAGAGGACCGUCGCCGAGAGAUCCUAAUGUUAUCGUCGACGAUUUACUCACUCCGUGCUCUCCCGGUGAUCCGGCUGCCAUAGAAAUGAAUUGGAUGGAAGUAGAUGGUGACAAAUUAUUCGAGCCAUCAGUUACCAUGAAAGAUAUGUUGAAAUCGCUAGCAACGACCCGUCCUACAGUGAAUGAAGAAGAUUUGACAAAAUUAGAGAAAUUUAAAGAAGAUUUUGGUCAAGAAGGUUGAGAGAGAUUCUUUAACUUUCUUAUAAUUAAGUAAACAGAUUUAUAAUUCAACAAAUAUUUUUAGUUAUAUAUGCUUGCCUUAUUCCUCUUACGAUAACACGCUUGAUAAUAUCUGUAUAAAUACGUUAUAUUCGGAAACGAGCUUUUUUCUCUCGUCUCCUUAUUUAGAUCUCUUCCUUUUUUUUAAGUGCAACAUCGGAUGCAAUCUGACAUCGUAAGCUUAUCGCUUAUUUAUUUACUGAAAAAAUGAAACAUAUGAAAUAAACCAUAUAUUUUGAGAUAAAAAAUUCUUAGACUUUUAUCAAGCAGUCGAAGAAGAGGUAGAUUAUUUUUUAUUGUAAAGUGCAAAGUAGAAAAAAUUUUGAUGGUCCAUUAUUUAUGAGAUAUAUGGCAUCUGUGUUUAAUGCAUUACUUAUAUAAUCACUACGAUAAAUACCUAACAAAUUAAUUGUAAAUCAUAGAUUUUAUAUAGUUACUUCUUAAUCACCUUUAAUUAUAGUUUUAAACACUCUUUGUGUAUUCUGUUGUUCGAUUCGAGUGGGCUUAUAAUGCGGAAUCAUUCGCGGAGUCGGAAUCGAAUCGCACGGUUAGCCAAUUUUUAAAAAUUCACUAACCGAGAUCGACGGAAUAACAAGCGUUAUGUAACAUACAUAUUAUUGAUACUCAGAUUACUGUUUUCAUGUAAAUUGUUUUUAUUGUUAACUAAAUAAAUAACAAGCUGUAUACUGAUA